GUUACUAGAUACUGUGGUCCGCACCGUUUAUUAUAGACAAAAAGUAAGAAGCCCACUCACGUUUCCGAUUCCCAAAAAGACCCAGUUCUCAGUCCUACCGGCAUCUGCCUGCGUCAUUUUCACUUUCCUGCUCCUCUUCUACCAUACUACAAGUAUCUCCAUUACCAAACUUUUCCGAAUUCAUGGAUGCCGUACUCCCUUCUCUCAUAUAAUAUCUGUUAAUUUUAAUUUUUUUUUGCCGAUAUUAUAUUUUAUGUCUUUAUAAGUAUCUGUAUUUUUUCCUUAAAGAAAAAAGAUAAGAUGGGAUUUGAUCUACAGUCUUUGUCAGAAGCAACGUCAGGCGCCAUUGGAGCUCUGGUUAGCACCACCAUUUUGUAUCCUCUAGACACAUGCAAGACCAAGUACCAAGCAGAAGUUAGAGCUCACCACCAAAAGAAGUACAGGAAUGUUUCUGAUGUUCUCUGGGAGGCAAUAUCUACAGGACAGGUUCUUUCACUGUACCAGGGUCUUGGAACUAAGAAUCUACAGUCCUUUAUUUCACAGUUCAUCUACUUCUAUGGAUACAGCCUCUUUAAGAGGCUGUACUUGGAGAAAAGUGGAAGCAAAACUAUUGGGACAAAAGCAAACUUGAUUGUUGCUGCUGCUGCUGGGGCUUGUACAGUCAUACUAACACAGCCUUUGGAUACCGCAUCCUCAAGGAUGCAAACAAGUGAAUUUGGGAAAUCUGAAGGACUUUGGAAAACCCUUUCAGAGGGCACUUGGAGCGAUGCAUUUGAUGGUCUUGGCAUAUCUCUACUCCUGACAUCGAAUCCAUCCAUACAGUACACUGCAUUUGAUCAGUUGAAACAAAGAUUACUGAAGGAACAGCUGAAGAAGAAAGCAGGUGUAGAUUCUUCUUCAGAAGUUCUUUCUGCCUUCUCGGCUUUUGUGCUGGGUGCAGUCUCAAAAUGUAUUGCCACCUUUGUGACUUAUCCAGCUAUCAGGUGUAAGGUCAUGAUUCAAGCUGCAGAAUCUGAUGAAGAUAAUGGCAAGGAAGGUCAACCAAAAUCCGAAAAAACAGUUACAGGUGCACUCUAUGCGAUUUGGAAAAGAGAAGGACUACUGGGAUUUUAUAAAGGAAUAGAGGCUCAGAUCCUGAAAACUGUGCUUAGCUCUGCCUUGCUUUUGAUGAUAAAGGAGAAGAUCUACAAGACAACGUGGGUCCUAAUGCUUGCACUUAGUAGGCUUCUUUCCAUUUCCCAUCACAGAUUAAAAACUAUUUGAUUAUGGUGAGAUGUGUAGUUAUGGAGUCCUUGUAAAUAAUGAGUCUUUCUUCGGAGUAGUCUGCCCAAAGGAAUAAAAUUUGUAGCUAAUGCAAGAUUUUGCUACAAUAACGGUCAGCAGGCACCGCGGCCAGGUUCCAAAAUGAAACACCCAAAUCUUACUGGGAAGACUUUUCUGAGUUCAAUAAGUAUUAUGUCUCCGCCUAUGCUAGCCUCCAAACAAAUAUUUCAAACACUUUUGUAGCAGUAACAUAUUUGGUUGGAUUCACAUCAGCCAAAUAUGAAUGAAAUUCUUGUAUGGGACAGCCUGGCCAGCCUUGGUUGAAGUCAUUGUUUGAUCUUAAUAUCAAAAUAGUUGUUUCUUUGGACAACUGAAAAAGAGCCUUGUAGUGGGGUAAAACUUGUAAUUCUUUUGUUUGAAAUGACAAAUAAAUACAGCCUAAAUAGCAAUUUCUGCA